AUGGCUCCGUCUAUGCUCAAGCUGGGUGCUGUUGCCCUGGCUUACACCUUUGGUGUUUCUGCCCGUAGCUCUCCUGCCUCCGGCAAGACCUACCAGUUGUCCGAAUCUUAUAACUCGGGCAACUUUGCUGAAAAGUUCAGUUUCUUUGAGGGAGGCCGCGAGGAGAAGGUGAGGGAUCCCAACAAUGGAUACGUCAAGUACCUGGGCAAGGAUGCGGCAGUGUCCUCGGGCUUGAUCAAGACCGAGGGUGAUGAUAUCCGCAUCGGUGUCGACAGCAAGACUUCCGGUGCUCCCCGCAAGAGUGUCCGUCUCGAGAGUACCGCGUCCUACAACACCGGUCUGUUCGUUGCCAAGUUCAGCCACUUCCCCAAGCCUGUCUGUGGUGCUUGGCCUGCUUUCUGGAUGGUCGGCGACAACUGGCCCCAGGACGGAGAAGUCGAUAUUUACGAGAUGUGGUCAUUGGCCGAUCACAACAGAAUUACCUACCACACCGGAACUCCUGCUCAGGUUGGCGAAUGCAAGCUCGUCGACGAGACGCACGUUGAGACUACCGAGACCUGGAACUGCGACAACUAUGCUACAGGCCAGUGGGUAAAUGAAGGCUGCGGUGUGACGGAGAAGCAGGGCCAGUGGGGUAGCCCCAGCGGUGGUGUUUAUGCUAUCGAAUGGACUGAGGACCACCUCAGUGUCUGGAGCUGGGCCACCGAGCCUACCGACAUCGAGAACGGAACUCCCAACCCCGAGACCUGGGGUAGGCCGCACAUGUCCGUUACAAGCAAGACCUGUGAUGUUGAGAAGGCUUUCAAGAACCUUCGCUUCAUCCUCAACAUCAACUUCUGCGGUGAUGCUGCUGGCCAACUCUUCGGUCUGGAUCCCAAGUGCGGUUCCAAGGGCUCCUCUUGCGACGCAUAUGUCUCCAACAACCCCAGUGAUUUCGAUGACGUCUACUGGAAGAUCAAGUACAUCGACGUCUACCAGCUCCAGAAGGGCCUCCCUACCACCACUUCGUCUGCCAUCUCUUCGAGCACCACCUCCUCCGCCAUCGUCAGCUCGACUGAGACCAGCACCGCCACCGCGUCGAGCUCUACCGUCACCUCCAGCUUCGUCUCUGUCGUCUCCAGCUCCGCUGCUUCCACCUCCGAGGUGAUCUCCACUUCCGCUGUUUCCACCGAGGCCGUCUCUAGCUCUGUUGUUUCCAGCUCUGCCAUCAUCUCUAGCUCUGCUGUCUCCAGCUCCGAGGUUAUUUCCAGCUCUGCCGUUGUCUCCGCUUCCGCCGUCCCCAGUUCCGAGGUCGUUUCCAACACCGAUGUCUUUAGCAACAUUGCCUCCGCCUCCGGUGUUGCCUCCAGCUCCGACGCAGUCUUCGUCACUGCCACCUCUUCCGCGACUCUCCCUACCGAGACUGACGACGAUAGCGACUGCGAUGAUGAUGACGAGGGCGACGUCUCCUCCGGCAUUGUUGUCCCCAGCGGCAGCGCUACUGUCAGCAUUGUUCCCGGCGGUAGCGCUAUCCCGAGUGAUAUCGUCAUCCCCAGCGGCAGCGUUGUCCCCAGUGCCAGUGUCAUCGAGACUGGCAGCUCUUCGAUCAUCACUUCUGCUCCCAGCGGUCCUUCCGCCGGUUUCCCGGUCAUCUCUUCCUCCGGCGUCGUCUCCGACUUCCCCAUUUCCUCUGCUCCUGCUGAUCCCUCGGCCUCCGGCGGCUUCCCCGUCCCCAGCGGUAUCUCCACCGGCCCCGUCCUCUUCCCUAACAGCACCAUCACUGCUUCCCAGGAGUGGACCACCUCUACCAUCUACACGACCAGCUACUACACCGUCACCUCCUGCGCCGCUACCGUGACCGACUGCCCUGCUCGCGUCGUCACCUCCGUCAUUGCCAUCUCCACCACUGUCUGCCCUGUCACGCAGCAUCCUGCUGCUCCUACCAACGCUCCCGGCGGCGGUAACGGUGUCCCUGUUGUUCCCACUCAGGUCCCUGGUGGCUGCAACGGCGUAAACUGCCCUGUUCCUACCCAGAUUCCUAGCGGCCCCAACGACGGUGGUAACGGCACUCCUGGCAACGGCACUCCUGGCAAUGGCACUCCUGGAAAUGGCACUCCUGGCAAUGGCACUCCUGGCAAUGGCACUCCCGGUAACGGCACUCCCGGCAACGGCACUCCUGGCAACGGCAACGGCAAUGGUGAGGGUAACUGCCCCGUUCCUACCGGUAGCGCUCCUGGCUCCGGCUCUGGCUCCGGUGAGGGUGAGGUCCCCGCUGUCCCUACCGGCAGCGCUCCUGGCACUGGUUCUGGCAACAAUAACGGCUCUGUCCCUCCUGUCGUCCCUGGGCCCAUUCCCACCGGCACCCUCCCCGGCAACAGCAACGGCACUUACUCCGUUCCUCCCGUUUCCGGCACCGGCGUUGCCCAACCCCCUGCCCCCAUCGGCGGCGGCUCUUCUCCCAGCGUGUCCAUCGGCCAGCCUCCUAUCCCUACUGAGGAUGUGCCCGUGACCGCUGGCGCUGGCAAGAACGCCUUGAGCGUCGGUGUGGCUGUUGUUGCUGGUAUUGCUGCUUUGCUUGCUCUUUAA